AUGACUGGGGACAGCGCGGGAGGCGGCGGCGGGGAUUGGGAGGGGGGCGCGCCGGUCGCUGGGCGGGGGGCAGCCGGUCGCCGGCAGGUCCGGGGGGGGACGAGCUUCUGCCUUAAACGCAAACAGAAGAAAUCGAGGAGAAGCCCCACAGGCACCACCGUGGGAGGACCGUACCCCGCGGUCACGGCCUGUCCCAGACCCCUCCCAGGAUCUCCGGCGGACCCGCGCUCCGGGGAGAGCCCUCCCGGCCCGGCCCGCCGCCCACCGCCGGCCUGCUCCGCACGCUCCUCUGCGGAGGGCUGCGCCGCCUGCCCGCUCCGGGCACAGCUCCGGGCUGCCUCCCGCUUCCCCUGGAAGCAGGCGACCGAAAUGGCACUGCUGCUGCUUCGACCGCGUAUGGAUCCGCCACCGUCCCCACCCCCUUCUCCCUCGCGGGGCUGUGCGAACCGAGCUGAUGGAACAGAAAGUAUGGGAUUUUUCUGAAAAAGGGGACAUGGAGAAGGAGUAAGACAAAAGGCAUAUUCAUUGUCUUCUCUCUGACCUACAAGAGGUUUCUGGAGAAAUGCAACACAUUAAAGCUCUGCAGUGUUCAUCCAUUAUGGAAAACCAUAGGGUGGCAGUAGCUGCCAAAACACUACACAAACUGAAUCAUCACAGAGUACCAGGACUUCCUUCUGAACUGUCACCAUCUGCUCAAGUCCCACAUCUGUGCCCAAGUUAACAAGCCGACCCCUCCAGAAAAAAGACCAACACACAAAACAAAAAACAAAAUCCCCGACAAUAACAAAAUCAACAAAACCCCCCUAAACCCUGCUAAGCACCCUCCCUAAGAAACCCCUCACAACCCACCCAAAAUCCUAAAAAAACUGAGACUAACAAGGAUGGCAUCUCAUAAAUGAAAGCUUUACAGUCAUACCUGUAAUGCCAUCGCCAUGAAAAAGGCAUUUAUUAUGAGGAACUGGUUGACACUUCAGACUUGUGAAGCACGUGGGGGGGUUUAUUGCAUGGUGAGAAUAAGCAAUAGAAAGAAUUUUUCUAAAUGGUAAGAAAAGGAAUGGUCUCUUACAAAAUAUAAUAGUCCUUCAGUCAUAUAAAAAUUUUCACAUUUUAUAACUUGUCUGUUACUAAAUAUAAUGCUGUUAAUUUC